ACAUCAAUACUCGAUGUGUUCACAAAUUACAUCGAUGAAAUGUCGGUAUAUUUUCAUUACCUGGCAACCCUGCUGUUUGCAUAUUUGCAAGUUGCUUGUGUUCUUAAAUUUCUUAAAUUGCACCAAAAUAAACGAGUGUGUAAUAAUAACAGGGGCAAAUGAAAAUUAAUAACAAAUACGAGUUCGACGACGACGUCGCAUCAAUAUGCGAGUCGACGGCUGCAUUGACCGAGGGCUGCCGCCUGCCGGUGCGUAUGCACAAGACGGAUGACUGGCCCCUGGCAGAGAUCGUUAGCAUCAAGGAGCUGGACGGUCGGCGUCAGUUUUAUGUCCACUAUGUAGACUUCAACAAGCGCCUGGACGAAUGGGUCAACGAGGAAGAUCUGUACACCAGAAAGGUGCAGUUUCCCCGUCGCGAUGGUUCUCAGACUGGCACCAGCACGGGCGUAACAACUCCGCAGCGCCAUCACUCUCUGGCCGGUAGUGUGUCACGUCCCACUUCGCCCCAGCAUCCGGGCAUUGGAAUCAGCUCCGCAGGGGCUGCUGGCAUUGGCAGUGCCGGUGCCGGUGGUGGUGGCGGCGGCGUUGGCGUUGGCGUUACCGUUGGCGUUGGCGUUACCGUUGGCGGCAGUGUCACUGGUAGUGGAGGAGCUAACGUUGCAGGAGGCGUAGUCAGCGGUGCCGUAGUGACUACAGGUGGCACCGUAGGCGGUGGAGAGUUGGUCAACGGCAACAAUGUCCUGGCUGCUGCUCUGCAGAAGCGUUUUAAUAGGAGGCGCAGGGUUCACGGCAACACCCAUGGCCACCACAUUCCGUCGCAACAGCCGCCGCAUCCACAAACACCAAACGCUCAGGUUGCCACACCUUUGCAUGUGACAGGUGAUGGUCUGAUUCCUACAGCACCCAUUGAAGAUGGCGAUGGGUCGCAGGAAGGAAAGAUUCCCACGCCCAGGCAGUCGGGCAGCAUGGUAACACACCAGGACGAUGUGGUCACUCGCAUGAAGAACGUGGAAAUGAUCGAGCUGGGCCGCCACCGCAUUAAGCCCUGGUACUUCUCGCCCUAUCCCCAGGAGCUCUGCCAGAUGCCAUGCAUCUACAUCUGUGAGUUUUGCCUCAAGUAUUGCAAGAGUCGCAAGUGCCUGGAGCGUCAUCUCUCCAAAUGCAAUCUUCGUCAUCCGCCGGGCAAUGAGAUUUACCGCAAGCAGACCAUCUCCUUCUUCGAAAUCGAUGGACGCAAAAACAAGGUGUACGCACAGAAUCUCUGCUUGCUGGCCAAGCUGUUCUUGGACCACAAGACGCUCUACUACGACACAGAUCCAUUUCUGUUCUACAUUAUGACUGAAUUCGAUUCGCGCGGCUUCCACAUUGUCGGCUAUUUCUCCAAGGAAAAGGAAAGCACCGAGGACUACAACGUGGCCUGCAUAUUGACAAUGCCGCCGUAUCAGCGCAAAGGCUAUGGCAAGCUGCUCAUCGAGUUCAGCUACGAGCUGUCCAAGUUCGAAGGCAAGACAGGCUCGCCAGAGAAGCCGCUGUCCGACCUGGGACUGCUCUCAUAUCGCUCAUAUUGGGCCCAGACAAUACUGGAGAUAUUCAUUAGUCAGAAUCCAAGCACUGAAGGCGAGAAGCCAACCAUAACGAUCAACGACAUUUGCGAGUGUACUUCGAUCAAGAAGGAGGACGUGAUCUCAACAUUGCAAAACCUUAAUCUCAUCAACUACUAUAAGGGGCAGUAUAUAGUCUGCAUCAAUCGUGACACCAUCGAGCAGCAUCAUCGCGCCAUGGAGAAACGCAAAAUUCGCAUCGACUCCAAGUGCCUGCACUGGACCCCCAAGGAUUGGUCCAAGCGCUCCAAAUGAUGGCCUGCUAUUGCUAUUAACCCAGCCACAGCGUGGUCGCUUGAGCCGGCUACCCGCCGCAGGACUGACCUGACCAGUGCUGGCAUGCCCCGAGCCCCGCAAGAGACUAACUGGAAGCCUUGUAGUUCGUAAAUAAUAGUUUUUAUCUGUUACGCUUUUAAUAAUGUACAAAGAAUCCAUGUAUUCCAAAUAUAUUUAUGACGAAUCAA